GGUAUUGUUAGCGCUGUGCUGUGCUUUUGUCAAUUUUAACGGCAAACCAUGUAAAGUCUAGGAUUGCCGACACAAGUUCCACAAGACCGAUAAUUUGGCCGUCUAAUGUUGCCAGAAUAAAAAGCGCGACACUUCUUGGUAUAUAAAUACGCCGAAUUUCGACACGGUCGUUUGUGGAGGCGAUUCGCCGGCGGCGCUUGUGGACACCAAUGGAGAGCGUUUCCCUGCUAGGCGACAUUCCAUUGUUAACCAAGGUUCGAUUGUUGCUGCCAGGAUGGACAGGCCGGACGCGGCGCCCUCCCCAGGCGCGCAUGGCUCGCAGCGGCUCAGCGCCCCUCGCUGCCGCGGCACUGGGCCCCCUGGGGCCCCAUGCGCCACCACUACCCCCACCACCACCAGCCCGCCCCAACACCUCCGCACACACCACCCUCCUGCAGCCCCCGCCCCCGCCGCCACACCAGCAACGGAGGCCCCCGGCGCAGCCCUGCCCGCCCCCACGGCCUCCUCCGGCGCAGGUCCCGCAGCCACAGCCGCAUGAGGAUCAGCUCUCUCCUCCUCCGCAGCAGCAGCUGCUGCCCUCUCGCAGCGGUGACAGCAGCGCCAGCGGGAGCCCCGCUGCCGCCCUGCCGCCUAAUGGUGGCGGACACUCCGUUGCAAGGGCCUUGCCAAGCAACCCCUGGCGAACAGCUGUCAACAGCCCCGACGGGGCUCCGGCAACGCAGGCGGCGACGACGACAAUGUCCUCGCUGCUGGGUCGCGUCCGUGGCGCCGACAUACACACGUGGGCUGAACUUGUACGGCAGUACGGUGCCACGCUGGACGGCGUGUUUGCGGCGGAUGCGCUGUUCCGUGCGGCGCACUUUUUGGACGGUCGG